GACAUCUUUGCGUAAUUGCUGCCUGGUACGGCAUCUUGCUGCGGUAUGCGGUACCUAUGGCCAAUAUGCGCCGGGUGGUGCCCAUCAUGGAUGGGGUGGUGCUGGGCAUUCGCACUUGGCUGUGCAUCAUCAUCCGUACUCUGCACAUGUCCCGGGGCCACCACCGUCUGGAGUUACACCUGGUGAUUUGCAUGGCAGGCCAAGUCAAGACUGUACGGGCCAGCGACUUGAAGAUGGACUUGGGCAAAGAGGCCUUUAGCAAGUUGGUUUUGGAGUGCUUGCUGAUACUUUCUCCUGAGGAGUUUGGUGACAUUUGGGUCGGUAUUCCACGUCAACUUCGGGCCGUUGCAUGGCGCCCGCCACCUGGAGUUGUUGUAGACAUUGACUCACUGAAAGGUCGCCAUAUUGAUGCCAGCACCCGUGUUGCCGAUCCCGGUAACCGAGAUGUAAGCCCUGACCGGCAGGCGGCAAGAACUUCUGCCCAGACUCCCAAGAAAGGAUUGGCUGGAUUGUCGGCUUUGGCCAGUGCGACUCCAUGUAAAGCAGGUGUUGGCCCUCCCCCGGGUGAUCGCAACGGUGAAGAAUUUGCAACUUGGGUCACUGCCAGGAUUCAAGCUGAUGUGGAAGGUUUGUCUAUGGAUUCUUUGGAGGUCAAGAAUACGAACCGCUUUCCAUGCAAAUUGAAGCCCAGUGCGGCUUUGAAGACCCUUCCUCCGUUGGACGUGAUGAGCCCCAUUUACCAGCACACCUUUCAGUUCUACUUGCGCAAGUUCAAAUCGUUGAUUGGUGAUGUGAGUCUUGGAUCGUCUCCUGCAAAGUCUUUGAAGCGUUUGUGUGAUGCUUUGAACUUGGAUGUGAGAGGCAAGGAUGCACAGGACCCGGGACGCAUAGCUUCAGCUUGUGGCGUGGCUUUAUGCUUGCUUGCGUUGUUGCGAUUUUGGUUCCUGGGCCUCGCCAGAAAGAUCAUGGAGGCUGAUGAGACUUUGCUUCGCAUCUGUGCCAGCGUUUGGCUAUGCAUGCUACAGGAGGCUUGGAAACUUGGCUUGCAGAAGAUCGUUGCAGCGCUGGCAGGGCAUCGUUUUGGCUGUGGGCCUUCUUCCGUGGCUGCAUGGAGGUUGUCGCGGGCUGCUUGGGUGUAUGUUGUGCAACGGGCAGUGAAUCACGAGGCAGGCUGGCAUAGGGCGAGGGCAUUGCGGAUGCUGCGUCGGAUUGCUCGUGUUCGGAAAGAUUUGCCUUCGCCUAUUGCUGUGAUAUCCUGUGAUGUCCCUUGGGUUGGUUCCCAGCGGGCGCAGAGCUUAGUUACCAAUGCUGUGAGAGAUUUGGUGGCUUCUUGGCGACAUGCUGGGCACUGGCCGCCUAUUCUCCGGCAUGCGAAGGUACGGUUCAAGUGGGCGUCUACGCCUUUGCUAGGUGAUGUGCUUCGCUGCCACGAUUUCUUUGAGUAUUUUUCUCUCCAAGGCCCUCCUUGUAUUUGUGAUGAGUUUCUGUUUCAGGAUCCCACUGGGCCAACGGUGACCUUUGACGGUAAGGCCCAUAUUGCCGCCUCUCAAGCGCAAGUUCCGUGGCCAUGCCACCUAGAGAAGUUCCGUGCUCUACCAGCUAAUUUGCGCUUGCCACCGAAGAGACAGCAAAUUUGUAUAGCUGUGAGGAAUGUGAUGCGUAGGCUACGGGAUAGGUGCAGUGUAGUAGAUGAGGCUUGCUGGGUGGAAUCUUGCGUGGCUACUCUGGCUGGGGCAUUGGAGGACUUGGCCUUGCGGCAUUCGCAUUGUUUCCCUGUUUCUUGGAUGGAUGUUGCCUUGGCUAGGGAUUUCCUUGCACCCUUUUUCAGCCAGAUCUUUGAUCACAACUUGUCUCGAAUUGGUGUCUUUUGUCCUUUUUUGGUGCAUGCGCAUGCUUGUGCAGCUUUGGAUUUGAGCGGAGCAUCCACGGGGCUCGACUUUGCUUGGGAAUCUGAUGUGCGGAGAUGCGUGGUGUUGGGUGUCAUGGCCAAGGUUGAUGGAUCGCCUUCGCAUUUGCAACCUGCCAAAGUUUCCUCAGUGCCUGUUAGGAACAUGUUUGCAGCGCGGUGUGGUUGGAUUGCAGCGAUGGACAUGGUUGAUUGCUUUCAUCACCUUCCCUGCUCUGAAGCACCUGUGAUUUGGGACAGGGUGGCGGCCUUCUGGACUGCACGACAUGUUUCAGAGAUUAGCGUGCCUCUCCGAAAGGGUGGUGGUGCUGGCAAGCUUGGUCGUUAUUGUGAAAUGGGUUGGCAAUGUUUUCCUUUACCCAGAUUAUUAGCAAGGCUUGCGCACUUCAGCUUGACCAACUUUGUCGCAUUGCCCGGACUUCUUGGUCCGGAACUGCGCGGUGCCCCCAUGGGCGAUGCCUUGAGCGGUGCAGUAUUGAGAUUGUUCAAAUGGGAGUGGGAUUCCUCUCAGCGCCCCAUGGAGUAUAAGGACACUGUCUCAAUGCGCAGUUCUUGUUCCAAGUUGGUGCACUUGAAUGGCAGUAACAUGUUGGUCCUGGACGUGAGCUUUCGUGAUGAUUUGCGGACGUUUUGCAUUUGGGAUGGAACAUCAUCAGGCAUUGAUAAAAGGAGAGCGUCACAGUGGGCCACUGCGCGCCUACGGGCGCGAUACUGUUCUGGUACCAUGGCCUUGGAGGAAACAGGUUUCCAGACCUUCAUUGGCUUCCAUAUUAGGCCACCCGGCCACACCCGCCCACCCGCCCACCCGGCCAUCCGGCCAUCCGGCCAUCCGGCCACCCGGCCAUCCGGCCAGCCGGCCACAGCCACUUCCCCCAUCGCCCCGGCCACAGCCACGGCCACCCGGCCACGGCCACCCGGCCACCCGGCCACGGCCACCCGGCCACCCGGCCACGGCCACGGCCAU